GAGUCAGGCUCUCUGAUUCCGCCCUGGCCGCUAAUCCUUAGCUAUGAGCACGCUAUCCGCAAGCAUGCCUACAAGCUCAUGGCUACGGAUGGUCGCUCCUUCGGCGAUGCGCUCGCCAAGGCAUACAAAGAGGCUACUGUCAAGGAGAGGCACUUCACCACACCCCUUGCGCUACAUGCAAAGCGGCCGAACCCCUCCGUGCCCCCUCCCCCGCUAAACCCCUACCAGCGCGACCCCAAGAAGGGGAAAGGCAAACUGGGCAAGGGGAAGGACAAGCAGCCGACGAAGUUCGGCACGCUAGCAGGCACGUCCAGCCGGACCCCCGAUGGCAAGCCCAUCUGCUACCGUUUCAACGCUAAGGGGGGCUGCAGGAAGGGCGACAAGUGCCACUUCGCCCACGUGUGCCUUCACUGCUUCGCUAAGCACCCGGCCACGCAGUGUCCCACGCUAAAGAACAAGAAGGACGACAAGCAGCAGGUGCUACGUGUGCUCUACUUGUUUGCGGGAGCUAAGAGACCGUGGGACAUGGCUACCUGCGUCAAGGAGACGGCCUCGGCCUUGGGUUGGGAUGCUACAAUCGAGUGCGUGGACAUUUGCAGAAGCGCGAAAAUGGACCUCACCAAGUCCGCGCUACGCCAAAGCUACCUGGACAAGAUUCAGGCCAAGAGUUUCGACGCUAUACUUCUCUCGCCGCCCUGCUCCUCGUUUUCGAGGGCGCCUUUUGCUAACCACUGCGGGCCCCGACCAGUCCGUUGCUACCAGCAUCCGCGCGGCAAGGAUACGCUAACAGCCCGUGAGCGGGAUAGGGCUAUACUGGGCAACCUCUUCGCCGACUUCGCCUGGGACGUAGCUACCCUGGUGGCUGCAGGCGCCGCUAGCUUCCUCGUGUUCGAGCAGCCGGAAGACUUGGGGGCUAUUCACAAAGGGCCCUUUGCUGGACAAGCCCCGCUAGCAUGUGGCAGUGGCCCGCUUUCGAGCAGCUACUCCAACAAGGGCGCACCAGUCUUUGACGAGAACGGCAGCUACUUGGGACCGCUCCCGCCCAGUAAGCAAUACGGUGGCCUCUUCCAGCACCGUGCUAAAGGGCUCUUCGCUACCUCUGGCUCCGAACGCUGGCCGCCUCGCCUCUGCCAGUGGCUAGCCGGCGUGCUGGUGGAGACCUGCCUGGACCCUGCUUCGACUGCUACGGAGGGGGAGGUCCAGGAACAGCACAAUGACGAGAACCUCAGCUACUCUGUCAACGAGCCCGAGGGUCCCCGAGUCCUUGGGGGGGUUGGCCCCCCCCGCUACUGCCAGCAGUUGGGAGGCCACAAGGACUAUCAUGACGGCGGAGGCCUCUGCUUGUCGGGACACUGGAAACCUGAAAAUAGGUCCCUGGCCUCAGGGCCGUCUUGGGACUGGCUACGCGAGAAGACCCUCGACCUGGUGCUAAAGGAGCUCGGCAGUGGAGAUGUGCGGGAGCUGGAACGUGAAGCCUUCCGGAUGGCAGCCGGUGGGGAACAUGGCUGUUCCCUCGCUAAGAACGAGAAGCUCCAAUCCCAGCUAAGGCAACUCUGGAAGGACUGGCUGGAGGCUCAAGACUUGGGGGAGAAGGACUUGCUACACCAGGCCGAAGGGCAGCCCCUCUACCUCAGGCUGCUUAGAGGGAUGCUUGAGGCUGCCGGCGACCCCGACCGGGAGUUCCUCCGUCGAGCUGAGGAAGGGCUACCGCUAGGCAUCCUGGAGCCGCUACCGCGCACUCCGCAUGUUUUUGAAGAGCAGCUGAAGUG